GUCAGUGCUUAACUGAACUCGGGGAGAGACAGACGUUACGCGUGUUUAACUAAAGUUGUUUCGACGAAACUUUGCGAUUCUGUGAGUGCAUUCUGUGUGUGUGUGGGUGUGUUUCGUUUAAUAGUUACUUAACUCAGUCACCCUGGAUUUCGAUCUUGAUGAGCCUCUCGUAAUGCGUGCGCCCGCGAGCGCGCGCGGCGCGGGAGUGCGCGGCGCCGGCGUGCCGCGCUGGGGCGACGCGCCCGCGCCGCCCGCCACCGACUAUUCCGCGCUUGCGGCUCCGCAAUGCGCGCAGCCGCUGUACCCGUUCGACGAGCAGAUCAACCAGCGGUUCGCAAUAUGGCAAGGUGACAUAACAAGCCUGGAGGUCGACGCGAUCACGAACACCACCGACGAAACGCUGUCAGAAUGCAAUGCGGUCAGCGAGAGAAUCAUGUCAGCUUGUGGCGCGGAACUGAAGGAAGAGAUUGUGACGAGAGGCCAUGAGUGCCGUACGGGCGAAGUGGUAGUAACUCCCGGCUUCAACCUCCGGUGCCGGCACAUAGUGCACACAGUCAGCCCCUCGUACAGCCAGCAGUACCACACCGCGGCCGAGACCACACUCCACAACUGUUAUAAGAACGUGUUGUACUGCGCGGGCGAGCUCCACGCGCGCACACUGGCGUUGUGUGUCAUCGACACGCCGCGCAGGAACUUCCCUCCCGACCUGGCGGCUCAUACUGCUCUACGUACAAUCCGUCGCUACCUCGAGCAGAACAAGACUCCCCAGCUGGUGAUCCUGGCCUGCGCGUGCGGCCCCGACCUCUCCCUACUAGCGGCCCUCGCUCCGCUCUACUUCCCGCGCAGCCCUCGCGAGGCCGACGCGGCGCGGAUGAGACUGUCGGAUCCGACGCCCAACGAACGUCGGAUACGGAUCAUACAUAACCCGCAUGAACAUAAUGAGGAUAGCGCGGAGGAUGACACGUCGCUUUGCGACUCGGAGGCCGCGGCCGAAGCGGCCGAGGCGGCGGCGGCCUUCGCGCGCGCCUGCGCCCCCGACACGCAGCGCCUGCUCGCGCCCUCCCCCGCCCUAGUGCGGCGCCGGCUCGACGACCACGAGCAAUACGAGCGGUUACUCCGACGAGCGAAGGCGGAGGACCUAAGCGAAGUGUCCGGCAUCGGCUGCCUGUAUCAGAGCGGCGUGGACCGGCUCGGGCGACCCGUCGUCGUGUUCAUCGGCAAGUGGUUCCCUAUCGGCGACAUCGACCUUGAAAAAGCACUACUGUACCUGAUCAAGUUAUUGGACCCCAUCGUCCGCGGUGACUACGUGAUCGCCUACUUCCACACACUUGCCUCCUCCGGCAACCACCCGCCCUUCUCCUGGCUGAAGGAGGUCUACACCGUGCUGCCUUACAAAUAUAAGAAGAAUCUGAAAGCGUUUUAUAUAGUACAUCCCACAUUCUGGACGAAGAUGAUGACGUGGUGGUUCACGACGUUCAUGGCGCCGGCCAUCAAGGCCAAGGUGCACACGCUGCCCGGCGUCGAGUUCCUCUACUCCGUGAUGGCGCGCGACCAGCUCGAGGUGCCCGCCUUCGUCACCGAGUACGACAUGACGAUAAACGGUCUACACUACUUCCAGCCGGACACGAACAGCACGUAGACGUAAACUACGUAACGUACGCUACGGGCACGUGUCACGUCGGGUCGCCGCGUCGCUCAUCUUCGCAGUUCAUUACACAUAC